GCAAUCUGAUUUUAAGGAUGGGCCACAUCAAUUAAUGAAAUUUAAUAAAAAGAGAAAUUUUCUCACAUCCUUGAAAUCUGAUUGGUUGACGGUGCAAAAAUACUUUACACCGACAGUGCAUAAAAAUUAAACUCAUCAUAUAUUACAUUCAUUUAUUUUUCUCUUCUACUCAUUUCUAAACAUUUUCCUAAAUUAUCAAUCAACACUUUACGUAUAUAAAUAGUAAUCAUGUCGUUGUGUAUGCACUGCAAGAAUCCAUCUCUAAUUUAUAGUGCCAUCAUAUCAUCAAAGUCACCUUCGCUGUGUGAGUAACGAUAACAAUGGUGGUCGAUGCCAAGAAACCUCACGUGGUUGUUCUUCCCAGUCCUGGGAUCGGUCAUGUGACACCCAUGCUGGAGCUUGCGAAGCGCCUCGUCAUCCACCACUCCUGUCACGUGACCUUCCUCUACAUCACCACCCAAGCAUCCGCUGCCCAGACCCGCCUUUUCCACCACCUCCCUCCGGGCCUCAACGUCAUCGACCUCCCACCUGCUGAUGUCUCCGCCCUCAUUUCCGAUGAGACCCCAUAUCUUGCCAACCUGUGUAUCACCAUCCGCGAAAGUCUCCUCUGCCUAAAAGCCACACUCCUAGAAAUGCAAAAGCCCCAUGCUCUCAUCACCGAUCUCUUCAGCACCCAAGCUCUUGACACCUGCAAGGACCUCUCCAUCCCUUUCUAUGUUUUCUGCACCACUUCGGCUCUCUUUCUCGCCUUCUCCUUCUUUUGCGCCUUGGACUUCAAUCAGCAUGAUACUUUCGCUCCCGUUCCUGGGGCAUUUAUUCACCUUCCGGGUUGCGCGCAACUCAGAAAAGAAGACUUACCAUUCACAAAUUCUGGUAACGUCGAUGAAUGGCACUCCGACCACCUCCGUCGAAUAAUCAUGGCUGAUGGGAUUCUCUUGAACACGUGUGAAGAUCUUGAACCGGAACCUGUUCGAGCCAUGCAAGAGGAUUCUUUCUUCAAACAAAUACCCAUGCCACCAGUUUAUUCGGUUGGACCGUUGGUGAAAGAAACUGAACCAAUCACUGGAAAUGGAGAAGAGUGCUUGGCCUGGCUUGACAAACAAACCCCGGGAUCUGUGCUAUUUGUGGCGUUGGGGAGUGCUGGGAAUCUCUGUGCGGAGCAACUCACAGAGUUGGCAUGGGGUUUGGAAUUGAGUAAGCAACGAUUUCUUUGGGUGGUGCGUCCCCCGACCGGUGCGAGUGGAAUAGAUAGUUAUUUCAAGGUUGGAUGUGCAGACGCUGACCCGGAAGCGUAUCUACCAAAAGGGUUUACGGAGAGAACAAGAGAGUUGGGGAUGAUGGUGGCGUCAUGGGCCCCGCAAUUAUCGGUGUUGAGGCACAAGUCGACCGGGGCGUUUCUAAGUCACUGCGGGUGGAACUCAUCAUUAGAGAGUGUGAGUCAUGGCGUGCCCAUGAUAGCGUGGCCACUUUGUGCUGAUCAGAUGAUGAAUGCGACCUUCCUUGUGAAGGAUUUAGGUGUGGCUAUCAAGCCGGUGGUGGAAGCGGGAACAAGGAUCAUAGGAAGAAAGGAGGUUGAGAGGGUGGUGAGGGAAGUGAUUAUGGGUGAAGAGGGGAAGCUCAUAAGAGAAAGGGCAAGAGAACUAAAAGAAAUAGAGUCGAAAGUGGUUCACUGCGGUGGAAAAAGUUAUGAGACUCUUGCUCACGUGGUUAACCAGUUUGUAGGUUGUGUUAGCAAUGGAUUCUAAAUCAUCUUAAGUAAAUAUAAGGUAAAAUUACUUAAGUCUUAGAGGGUCGUAAUAUUUUGACACGUGCUAUGAGUUGAAAUUUUCUAAGGCAAAUGUCAAAAUAUUACAGAUUCACUUAAGUUAUGGUGAUUUUACCUCAUUUACUUAUGGUGAUUUAGAAAUGUCCCAGUGUUAAUUACCGAUCUAAAAGAAAAUGAGUUGUCUAAAUCACCGUGAGUAAAUAUGAGAUAAAUUCACCUUAGAGCUUAAUUGACCUAGCUAUAUUUUGACAUAUGUCUACAGAUAUUAUUUGGUCACUUAAGGUUAGAGUGAUUUUACCUAUAUUUGCUUUAGAUGAUUUAGAAAAGCUUUCAAGAUAUGAGAAUGAGUGUCUUUAAUAAGAGUGUAUUCAUAUUGGCUCAUGGAAAAUGGGGUCCUAAAUAAUAAUAUAAGUACAAUGUUGGGUGGUCAUUGCGUGAGUGUAGACAAUCAGAGUGAGUAAGAAAGGGAAGAUAGAGGAAGAAUUGAUGUAUUAUAUGAUGUCAUAUCAUAAAAAGUGAAAGAUAAAAAGAAAAUGAAAUAUAUGUGAAGAGUAUACAUAUAUAUACUUGUUUGUAAUCUUUAAGUCCUAUGCUUGUUUGUAAUCUUUCAAUCCUA